AUGCCCGUUUAUGUUGCUGCUGAUUUGAAGAAAAUUCCCGGCUAUUUGAAAUUCUCCAAACCUGAGGUUGGGUUCAGCACCAAAAUUGACAGAAUUGACAAAAUUCAACAUGAGCCGCGUUCGCUUCAGCCUGAGACAUUAACUCGUCAAUCAACGCAUCUGUUGGCAGCUCAACCUACGACACCUCUUCAACACUUAAUGAAUCCACCAGCGUUUGAAAAUAAAGUCAAAGUUCCUAAAAAAAUUAAAGGUACCAACAUUAGUGAAGCGUGCCAAAACAGCAAUUCCAUCCUAAACCCUGAAAUUUGGGGUGAAAACACGUACAUAUGUGAAUGGACUUUCACUUCGCCCAAGCCUCCGACAUCAAAUGGUGACCAAAUUAAAGAAACUACUCAAGAAUCCCACUCUCAGGAUACCAGUAAUUUGACUAAGUGGGCCAAGUGA